AAGGUUGAGGAGCGCGUGGGCAAGCCCCCAGUCGGACGGCCCAGGAGCGGCACCGUCGGAGCCGCCGGCCUCCUGCAGGGGCGUCGCGUCGGAGGAUACCACUCGGAGGGCUACUUCUCCUCCGACCAGGACGACGAGGGACCCAGGAGGACAGAGCUCAAAUCCCCUCGGUCACCUCGCACACCAGAGUUGCAAUCACCACAACCGCCACAACGUGUUGUCAGGUCAACGUCCCAAGACUCGGCCAAAGGAGCAAGUCUCAGGAUGCGUACCCCAAGCCCCGAUAACUCUAGUAGGGCCUCCCACGCCAUGACCCUCAACGAGUCUGCCUCCUACUUGAUUGAGAAGAUGAUGAGCUGCACCCCAGAGACACAGAGGAAACAAGUUGGCAAAACAGAAGGGCGGUCGUGCUGCAAGACAGACAAGAAACCCACUGUUGCUGAAUUUACAGGUCGUUCAAAGAGUGAAAAGGGUUGCAAGAAUUCCAAAAUGACACCAGAAGCCAGAAAGCAGAGCAACAGUGCCAAUAGCUUAAGUAGUUGUCAAACAUUUGAAGUAAAAGAAGAAACAGAGGUUAAAGAAGAAAAGGAUGAUGUAAGUGAGGCAGGGACUUACACUAUUGAAAAGGACUCGCCAUCUCCGGAAGUAGAACAGGCAAGAAAUGACAUUGACCGAGUCUUUGGGGUGUCAGGCCCAGAGAGUGAAGUGGAUGCCACUCCAGCUACACCUCGAGGAAACAUGGUCUCAGAGGAAUCCUGGACCACUAGCUCGGAUGCUGAGAAAUUUAAGAGUCCAAGCAGCAUCAGCCGAAGCAGUCCCAACUGGAUCCAGCAGUGGGCAGCACAGGUUGCAGAACACACGAAAUCUCCUGACAGCUCUGCCAAGAACUCCUUAGGAUCUCCUCGUGGCCACAAACCCCCCUUGGCUUCUCUCUCGUCCUCUCAGGAAAGUAGCGACUCGCGGCCUAGAAGGAAACUUCCCACACUGCCUACGCACCACACACCCUUCUCUGUGACCUCUCCAAGGGCGUCCGACAUGUCAGAUCACGAGAGUCCCACCAAAGGCCGGCUGCAGCACGACCUUUAUGAAUCUUCAACUCUACCUGCAAGUGACUACAGCCGGGACACAGAGUCUUUCCUACGAGACACUCAGCAACUUGUAACCUCUCUGCAGGCUCGAGUGGAAAGGAAGAAGGGCAGCUCUGCAGCUCUGAGAGGUUCCUCCUUUGAAUCCCAUGACUCAGGAGGUGACUCAGACCUGGACACCAGUACAUCCUACCCCAUCAAUGAUGAUGAUGAUAGACUCAUGAAAACCAUUGACUCUCAGCUCAAGACAAAGCUUAAGCUGGCAGGCAUUGACGGCAUGUCGAAAACUCCUCCACUUGGCACUAGUCCCAGAAAGGCUGACCCACUGGGGCUUGAAGCAAGACUGAAGCUCACCAGUCACUUCAAGAGAGAAAGAUCCAUUGUAUCAGACAGCGGGUAUGAUGUUUAUGCUGAUAGACGGGAAGAAAACAGCUUGCAGUCUGAUAGCAGUAGUGAAGCUAGUGAGCCAGUUAAAGAUAGUCGCAAGACCAAUGAUAAUAAUCCACCCCUCAAGUUUAAUAGAGCUUUUAGCUUAAGAAGAGCUCGCCUUGCAUGUGAUGAUUCUUCACAACAACACCACACACCUUUGCCAGUGGAAAAGAAAAAGCCUGUUAGACCUACCAGUGCAGGCAACCCAGGGGGCAGCCGCAGAAUUCCCUUAAGUACAAGUAAAAGUCUCCAGGGGUCUGAUAUCAAUACUAGAGGUAGUGCAUCUCAGGCCAGCACACCAAAGAACAACUCAGCUGACUUUAACAGAGGAGACGGAGGCAGAUUUAGUUUACGGCUUCCACGAUCUGGCUCAACAUCUGCUGUAUCAAAAUCACCAUCUCGGUCGUCAGUCAAGAAGGACAUGACAAGCAACAUCCGCAAAGGUGCUCCCCGAUCCAAUUCCACCUUGUCUGCCAAAGAGCAGGACUUCCAGAACUGGAAACGAAGGAAGAAUUAUGAUCCUAUGAAGGCGGCUGCGGAAGGGAGGAAAAAGGUGGGGGAGAAGAAGAAUGAUAAGCAGGCCCAAAGUAAUGCUAUGAGCGCAUCAGAUAGAAGAUCGCCAAGACUUCAUUAGAUGAGUCAGGAAGUGAGGGCAAGCGUUCCCCCAUGGGAAGCACACGAGGAACUGUAUCAGGGAGAUCAAAAGCGAAAAUGGAAGCAUUAGAUAACUUGGUCAUAUCCACAAUUCAUUCCCUGUCUGUCAAAGUUCGCACCACUUCUGAAACUCUACUACAGAAACUCAAGUCACAGUAUGAUGAGGAAGGAGAUCGUGCAGCGUUACUGGAAGAAGUUUUAGCACAUCUAAGUGAGA